CCCUCCCGCAUAAUUAUAUCCACUCCAGCGUGGUGGUGGUGGAAGUGUUUGGAGUUUGCCUUUAAACAAGAAUACGGAGUGCACAUACCCAACUCGCAGCUUUCCUGGGCCAUCAAAAACUUUUUCCAGCCCGAGAAAAAUAAUCACAAGAAUAAUGAAGUGCCGUUCAAAUGUUCGGAAGACGUAGAAUUUCACGUUAAAGUGAUUUUUUUGAAGGUGGGACUGCUUCCUAGUUCGACAAAGAAGGUGAAAUAUCUCAACAUCCUCACAAAGAAACUUUGCUCGCUAGGCUGCUAACUGGAACACAACCACGACAAAAAAAAGUAUCCUCGCCGAAGACGUUAGCAAACCGCUGUCCACGCCAGGCUAAGAAGAAGUUUUUCGACACAAUAAUGGUUUUGUCGACGGUGAACUGAAAUUUGUAACGGUUUUGAGUAGUCUUCAUCACUCAAGGAGGAGGAAGAGUUUUUUCUUCUUUUUCUCAGCCUGCUACCACCGUCGCCCCCUCGUUUCUACCUAAAAAGCAGAACCAGCCGCUGCUAAUUUCAGGUUAGUUAGUAGCUAAGUGGUCCCAGAUUUGUGGAGCUGCGAACAUGUCCGGACGAAGUGGACAGGCUGGGAGACCCGCUGCGUCAGGUCUGCUGCCCCUCAAGGCGACCGUUCCCUUCAGGCUGGCCAGCAAACCCAGACCCACCAGCAGGAGGGAUGGGAAGUCAGCUGGAAAACCCAAAUCCCAUCAGCUGAGCUCAGGCAUGAGGCGGACGAUGUCACUGGACGCCAUCGUGGGGCCGUACCUUCAGGGACACUGGCCAAAAGAGCUGGAGGGCCCGAGCAGUCAACCUCGCAAGAAUAAAUCCACCCAGACCCCUGACUCAUGGGUGGAGAAAUCCCACAGCAGGAAUGGCAACAUCCACAAACGAUCAGCAUCGUGGGGCAGCGCCGAGCAUCUGCGGGAGAUCUCCAAACUAAAACAACACCUGCAGCAGUGUGGCAAACCUGCCGUCUCUGGGGGUCACGAAAAAGACCGCCAGGGUACUUAUCCUCACGGGAGCUGUAGCCUAGGAGCAACUCAGAAUCAGCCAAUUCCCAUCCCCCUCACUCCUCUUUCCACGCUGGUCCCUCCACUGCGCUGCAGCGUCGAGGGCCUCAACCAGGAGCUGGAGGGCAUGUUCAUCAGCCAGCCUCUACUUCCACAGCACAGGUUCCUGGAGAUUCCAGACGGCCAUCGCGCUCCCAUCCCUUCAAACGGCUCCAGCAGCGGAUCCCACAGUGACCGCACAAUAACGCCCAUUUCUCCGUCCUCCACCUCCUCCUCUCCCUUCUCCUCUCCCAGCUACGUUUGCACCUCGCUUUCCAGCUCCGUGGACACGUACCUGGACACUCAGCAAGAGGGUAAAGAGAUGUGCUUGCUAUCUCCAUCGUCCUCUCUGAACGAAGCCGAGCCCUCCCUGCCUCUGGCCAUCUCCUCCUCCCCGGGGCCAAACAAAAGUUGCUGCUUUCAGAGAGAGCCUCCUGAAGGAUGUGAAAAAGUUAAAGUCUGGGAGGAGAUCAGUGUUCCACUCCAGUCCAAGCCCGCCCUCGUCUCCUCCUGCCCCGACCCAAACAAGGUGAACUUCACCCCCCACGGGGGCUCGGCCUUCUGCCCCGUCAGCCUCCUCAAACCUCUGCUCCCCUCCAUGGACCUGCUGUUCCGCAGCCUCGCCGUGUCACCGACGGGCAGCUGCUCCAGCCAGGGCACCGGCUCCUAUCAGGCGGCGUCCUCCGGUAACCGGGCGUCUCCUUCGGACCCCUCCGUGGGGGGCGCCGUCGUCGGGGAGAGCUCCGGAGAAGGCCUGGCUUUCUGAUUACAGACCUCUUCACAGUAAAUCAGCAGCGUAGAGGUGUGGCUCAUCCGGUUUUUGAACGUCUCCUUUCUUUCUUUCUUCAAAAGCAUAAAUUUAGACGUUUAAAUAAAUAUUUUUGGGGUCUAAAAAGAAAAAAAAAAUCCAAAGGAAAAGGCUUUAAAACAGCAGUUUGAGGUUUACAAAGUUACAUUUCUAAUUAAUUAUCCAAAGAAAUAUGACUGGACAAAACCUGAAGCUUUUACAUGUGAUUUGUUGGAUGACCGAUCACUGAUUUACUCUGUUCUUUUCGUUUCUCCAAAGAAGCCAAGUCAGACGUGUCAAUCAAAAUACGAGGCGUCUGGGUGGAGUAGGAAAAGCCUCCUCGACUUAGUUUGAAGUAUUCUGAAAUAUUUAUAUGCACAUGUCGCUCCUGCGUGACAAAUCAACUGGGUACUGACUGAAAGAAGAGACAAUGAAACCACAUAUCGACUUGUAGCUUCAAACUUCUGGCUUCAUCUCAUGCAUUCCAAAUUUUUAUAUUAAAAAAAUAUAUAUAAUUGUAACAGAAAAACAAGAAAAAAAAAGAAUUUGUGCAUGCGUUAGUUGAUAAAGCCGUUAAUCCUCACUGUUUGUAGGUUUUUGCUUGUUUGUAGUUUGAGGUUUUGCAGCCUAGUUGACUACCUAACCAGUUUUAGUGGUGUAGACGUUUGUCCUCUUUAUUGUUUCGAUUUAAGAUGUUCCGAAAAGCCGCUGAUCACAUAGUUUUAUUUCUCGUAGACGUGUUUGCACAAAUUGAACUGCUACUUAUAAGUCGCAAUUCUUAUUUUUAUAUAUUACUUUUUUGUACUUCAGUGUACAUGUAAGAGUAGUGACAUGUAUUUUUUCUACGUCUUUUGGAUGAUCUGCCACAUAAGCUAAAGACCCCGUUUUAGUUUUGUACUGAGCGUUUGUUUGUUUGUUUGUUUGAAUCGGGUGGACGUCCAUGCACUUCCAGGAGAGGCUUUAUCUGAGAAGCCUUAUUUCCACACAAUGUUGCUGGGUUUAUCGUUUGGGUGUAGGUGGAUGAAGAGUUGACCUUUUCAUGAACUUUGAUUCUUGGUGCAUCUGUGAAAAGCUGAUGGAUCGAGACAAACGUUUUUCAGAUAAUACUCCGUUUCCUGAGUCUUUUUAUGGGAUGCUGGGGAUGUGAUCUUCUCUCAGGUUCUGUGUUCUGUCCACAUAAAGAUUAAAAAGAAAAUAAAUCA